GGCUCUGAGUGCAUCACCUCUGCCAGCUUUGAUGUGGACAUCGAGAACUUUGUGCACCAGCAGGAGCAGGACCACAAGCCAUUCUUCAGCGAGGACCCCGACCUAGACAACCUGGUUAGUACCCUGCAUGGGGGUCAUCUAAAUAGUCUAACGUAGCUUUGAAGCAUCUCAAUAGUCUAACGGCUUCCUCAUGUUGAGGCGGUAUCUCAAUAGUCUAACGUGGCUUACUAAUGUUGAGGAUGAUUUGCUUCCUCUACUGGUGGAGGCAGUCAUUACAUAUCCCAUUCACAUACACCCCAUUUUAUUUCCCACUCAUAUCAAUUUGUCUUAUUUUCUCUCUCACCCUUUCUCAUGUACAUGGUUCUCUCUUCUACACUAUCAAUUUGCUCUCUCUCUCUCUCUCUCUCUCUCUCUCUCUCUCUCUCUCUGUCUCUCACAUGCAGUCACGUCUACCCCUUUCCCUUCCCUCUUGUACCCCCUCUUUCUCCUCCUUUGUCUCUCUCAAUAUUUAUUUAUAUUCACCCUUUCUCUCUCUUCCCCUUUCCCACUCUCCCCCUCAUGAUCUCUCCCUCCCACCCUUCCAUGACAGCUAGCAGUAAUUAGAAAUUAGGAGAAAUAGGGAAGGUGGCUGGGGAGAGAGAGAGUGAUUGAAGGUCGGCUCUCAUCAUUACGGGGGUAUUCGGCCGACAAGUGGCGUGGCAGUCAAUUAACCCCACAUCUGUGUGCUUUAUGAGGUGCCGGUCGCGGACUGGCCCUGGCACACACUAACUCUUCCACAGGACGGUAAUGCUGGAGCUGACUGGCCGAGAUGGCACUUGGCUCCCGAUUAAACAAGCGGCAGUAAUUGGCAGAUUUAUCUCCUCCUUGGCCAAGCACUUUUCCGUCCCAUUCUGGUGCCCUUGAGUGCUGACUUUGAGGGAAUGAGCACUGGGAGGAGAAGCUUGGUUGGAAAAAGGACCAAGUUUGGAUCAUGGUGAAGGAUUUUGAGAGGGCUCAUGGAUUAGCAGGUGUUAUGUCAAGGGCUAUCUGAGAACGUUCAGAGACUGACUAGGGCUAGCAUAUCAUUUGUAAGGCACAUGAGGGGGCUGUCCAGAAACAACACCAAGCCCAUUGGCACUUCAUUGCCAAUAUUAUUGACCCUGCUGGCUUAUUUACCUUUGGUUCAAACUAGAGAAGAUAACCAUGGAGCUAGCCAAUGUUGAGCCAGCCUAGCAUUCAGGCUAGCAUGUAGCCUACUUCCCCAGUCAUUGAGCUUGCUGGCUUUGCCUCUCUCUCCUCAUAUGGUGAAGGCCAUCCAGGUGCUCAGGUUCAGACCUGGGUUCAAAUACUAUUUCAAAUAUCUCAAUUACUUUCACAUACAUUUGAAAUAAGUGUUCAGAUAUAUUCUUAUUUGAAAAGACAAGAAGUUGAAAUGUUUAUGUAUUUGGAAAUACACUUGGAAUACACUUGAAAAAUUCAAAUACACUGCCUCAAAUACACUCCCAUGCAUUUAUCCAGAUAUUUGAAAAUUAUCUUAAAUACAAUUUGGUCGACUAUUUGGUUUUUAUCAAAUAACCAUUCAAAUACUCAAAUAAAAGUACAUGUUUUUGGCUGUGUAUUUGAACAUUCUCAAAUACACACCAAAAUAUUUUUUUAUACCAGAUACUCAAAUACAAAUGCAUUUGAAAGGUUACACCUUUCUAAAGCUGGAGAAAUCAACAAUAGAGCUAGCUAAAGUUGAGCUAGCCUAGACUAGCAUCCAGGCUAGCAUGUAGCCUCCUUCCUUCCACAGUCAUUGAGCUUGCUUAUAUUCCUCUCUCUCUCCCUCCCGAGAUGGUGAAGGCCAUCCAGGUGCUGAGGAUCCAUCUUCUGGAGCUGGAGAAGGUUAAUGAGCUCUGCAAGGACUUCUGCAACCGCUACAUCACCUGCCUCAAGACCAAGAUGCACAGCGACAACCUGCUUCGCAAUGACCUGGGCGGGCCCUACUCGCCCUCGCACACCUCGCUCAGCCUGCAGCAGGUAAGGCGGACACUUACACAUAUGUACACACUCUAAACAGAGUGUAUCUGGUAACUUUGAAGGAGCCAACUGCAUUUUUUAUGUUUCAGUUUUUUUCUGAAAUACCAUUAUACUUGUGUCCAAACAUCUGAGACGUAUUCAUUAGUCUAAUACAUUGUGUAAAGUUUGGAUAGAAAUACAUUUUGAAGAACAUGUCUCCUACAUGUAGCACUAAGGAUCAUCAGCUCUAUUCAUGGCAUUUUUAUCUGCAACAUUCGGUACUUUCAUGUUUCAAGUUUCAAGUUUUAUUAGUCGUAUGUACAUCCUGAACAGCCUUUCUCAAACCCCUUACUGGUUCCCUCUCGUCCUAUGAUCUCUGACCUCACCAGGACCUCCUCCAGACAUCCUCUCCGUCCAUGACAUCGCUCUCCAGCUCUGUCAACUCCUCGGGGAUCAUGGUGCCCACCGGGACCCUGCAACAGGGCAAUGUUGCCAUGACUACCAUCAACUCCCAGGUGGUGUCAGGUGAGAAGCUUUUCCACCUUCCUCAACCCAGUUGUAUGGGUACUUCACCUUCCCUGAUAUUACAUCAUACAGCAAGUGUCCCUUAUACCUCUACAUUGUAGUGACAUAGGCAGAAACAGUUGCAGUGUAUGUACAAAUUGUACAAAGUGUUCUACCCUGCAUGCACAAAAUGUAGAAUUAAAACAGGGCUGGCCCUAUUUGGUAAAAGGCCAAGUCCAUAUUAUGGCAAGAACAGCUCAAAUAAGGAAAGAGAAACGACAGUCCAUCAUUACUUUAAGACAUGAAGGUCAGUCACUGACUACUGUGUUCCAAACUGCCUCUGGAAGCAACGUCAGCACAAGAACUGUUCGUCGGGAGCUUCAUGAAAUGGCUUUCCAUGGCCGAGCAGCUGCACACAAGCCUAAGAUCAUCAUGCACAAUGCCAUGCGUCGGCUGGAGUGGUGUAAAGCUUGCCGCCAUUGGACUUUGGAGCAGUGGAAAUGCGUUCCCUGGAGUGAUGAAUCUUGCUUCACCAUCUGGCUGUCUGACGGAAUAAUCUGGGUUUGGCGGAGGCCAGGAGAACGCUACCUACCCCAAUGCAAAGUGCCAACUGUAUUGUUUGGUGGAGGAGGAAUAAUGGUCUGGAGCUGUUUUUCAUGGCUUGGGCUAGGCAACUUAGUUCCAGUGAAGGGAAAUCUUAACACUACAGCAUACAAUGACAUUCUUGACGAUUCUGUGCUUCCAACUUUGUGAUAACAGUUUGGGAAGGCUCUUUCCUGUUUCAGCAUGACAAUGCCCCCGUGCACAAAGCGAGGUCCAUACAGAAAUGGUUUGUUGAGAUCGGUGUGGAAGAACUUGACUGGCCUGCACAGAGCCCUGACCUCAACCCCAUCGAACACCUUUGGGAUGAAUUGGAAUGCCGGCUGCAGGCCAAGCCUAAUCACCCAACAUCAGUGUCCGACCUCACUAAUACUCUUGUGGCUGAAUGGAAGCAAGUCCCCGCAGCAAUGUUCCAACAUCUAGUGGAAAGCCUUCCCUAUAGCAGCAAAGGGGGGACCAACUCCAUAUUAAUGCCCAUGAUUUUGGAACAAGAUGUUCGACGAGCAGGUGUCCACAUACCUUAGGUCAUGUAGUGUACAGUGAGGGAAAAAAGUAUUUGAUCCCCUACUGAUUUUGUAAGUUUGCCCACUGACAAGACAUGAUCAGUCUAUAAUUUUAAUGGUAGGUUUAUUUGAACAGUGAAAGACAGAAUAACAACAAAAAAAUCCAGAAAAACGCAUGUCAAAAAUCUUAUGAAUUGAUUUGCAUUUUAAUGAGGGAAAUAAGUAUUUGACCCCUCUACAAAACAUGACUUAGUACUUGGUGGCAAAACCCUUGUUGGCAUUCACAGAGGUCAGACGUUUCUUGUAGCUGGCCACCAGGUUUGCACACAUCUCAGGAGGGAUUUUGUCCCACUCCUCUUUGCAGAUCUUCUCCAAGGCAUUAAGGUUUCAAGGCUGACGUUUGGCAACUCGAAACUUCAGCUCCCUCCACAGAUUUUCUAUGGGAUUAAGGUCUGGAAACUGGCUAGGCCACUCCAGGACCUUAAUUUUUAUUUUAUUUAUUAAUGUGCUUCUUCUUGAGCCACUCCUUUGUUGCUUUGGCCGUGUGUUUUGGGUCAUUGUCAUGCUGGAAUACCCAUCCACGACCCAUUUUCAAUGCCCUGGCAGAGGGAAGGAGGUUCUCACCCAAGAUUUGACAGUACAUGGCCGCGUCCAUCGUCCCUUUGAUGCGGUGAAGUUGUCCUGUCCCCUUAGCAGAAAAACACCCCCAAAGCAUAAUGUUUCCACCUCCAUGUUUGACGGUGGGGAUGAUGUUCUUGGGGUCAUAGGCAGCAUUCCUCCUCCUCCAAACACGGCGAGUUGAGUUGAUGCCAAAGAGCUCCAUUUUGGUCUCAACUGACCACAACACUUUCACCCAGUUCUCCUCUGAAUCAUUCAGAUGUUCAUUGGCAAACUUCAGACGGGCCUGUAUAUGUGCUUUCUUGAGCAGGGGGACCUUGCGGGCGCUGCAGGAUUUCAGUCCUUCACGGCGUAGUGUGUUACCAAUUGUUUUCUUGGUGACUAUGGUCCCAGCUGCCUUGAGAUCAUUGACAAGAUCUUCCCUGGGCUGAUUCCUCACCGUUCUCAUGAUCAUUGCAACUCCAUGUGGUGAGAUCUUGCAUGGAGCCCCAGGCCGAGGAAGAUUGACAGUCUUUUGUGUUUCUUCCAUUUGCGAAUAAUCGCACCAACUGUUGUCACCUUCUCACCAAGCUGCUUGUCGAUGGUCUUGUAGCCCAUUCCAGCCUUGUGUAGGUCUACAAUCUUGUCCCUUACAUCCUUGGAGAGCUCUUUGGUCUUGGCCAUGGUGGAGAGUUUGGAAUCUGAUUGAUUGAUUGCUUCUGCGGACAGGUGUCUUUUAUACAGGUAACAAACUGAGAUUUGGAGCACUCCCUUUAAGAGUGUGCUCCUAAUCUCAGCUCGUUACCUGUAUAAAAGACACCUGGGAGCCAGAAAUCUUUCUGAUUGAGAGGGGGUCAAAUACUUAUUACCCUCAUUAAAAUGUAAAUCAAUUUAUAACAUUUUUGAUAUGCGUUUUGCUGGAUAUUUGUGUUGUUAUUCUGUCUCUCACUGUUCAAAUAAACCUACCAUUAAAAUUAUAGACUGAUCAUUUCUUUGUCAGUGGGCAAACUUACAAAAUCAGCAGGGGAUCAAAUACUUUUUUCCCUCACUGUAUAUCACUCAAGAGUGUGUCUGGGUUUCUUGUUGUUAACCCUGCCCUCUGGAAAUCCCUUUCAACUCUGAAUUAUAACCUCAUUCCAUCUUUCUCUUUGAUCGCAAGACACUCAAAACUCAAAUUAAUAUCCGUGAUUAGAGAAUCGAAAUUAGUGCUAAUUAGUAGCAAAAGAACAACUCCUUCCUCCAGGACCCAAUGAAGGAAUACAGCUUUUGUUUCGUGCUUCAUUCGCGGCCAAUGUGCUUUUGCCUUCCUUGUUUACAUGUUGUUGUUGUUAUUGUUUUGGUAGGGUUAGAUAAUAGAGCUCUCGAGUCGAAACGGUGCGAGGCCGACUGGUUUUCACAGAAGAAGAAGCCACUCGACUCUCAUGACCGCAAAUUAUCCCCUCAGGUGGCACCUUGUAUCAGCCGGUUGCCAUGGUGACAUCGCAAGGGCAGGUGUUAACCCAGGGACUCCCCCAGGGGACCAUCCAGAUCCAGAAUUCACAGGUGAGGCCGUCAGCUGCUCUUCUAGCAUAUCCCUCCCUCUCCUGCCAUAAGAUGUAGAGAUGGAUAAUGACUAACAACUCCAAAUACUCUCAAUGUCAUUUUUACAUUUACAUUUUAGUCAUUUAGCAGACGCUCUUAUCCAGAGCGACUUACAUGAGCAAUUAGGGUUAAGUGCCUUGCUUAAGGGCACAUCGACAGAUUUUUCACCUAGUCGGCUCGGGGAUUAAAACCAGCGACCUUUCGGUUACUGGCACAACGCUCUUACCCACUAAGCUACCUGCCGCCCUGUGUCAUGCAUAUCAUUGUUUUUGCUUGUCAUUAGCUGUCAUCAAAUGGUGGGCCUCUCUGUUAUGGACAUGUUACGACAGCAUGAAAUGAAUGUUAGAGUAAUAGCGUAAUAGCUAACGUGUCAUUGGUAAACUUAUGAAAUUUCAGCACACUGUUUUUGGAAAGUAUCACUUGUUUAUUAUGCUAAUGUUUCAGCCUUUAGCCUAUGUGCUAACAUUUCCUCCUUGACGAAAUGUUAGUACAAUAAACAAGUGACACUGCACACUUGUUUAUUUUCAUUUGAAGUCCAACACACCUGCAAAGAAAGCUCUAAAUGUCAGAGUUUGCGAGUGCAUGUCCCUUUAACAUCCUGCAAUCCCCAUGACCAGAAGAACCUCACACAGGUGGUCCAUAUUUGAGUCAGACUGUCAGACCACCCGUAUGCUCGCCUAUGGAGUAGACUGUGGAGUGUGGUGCUCUGCAGCUGUAUUAGAAAGCCACAGUGUCAGCCAGGCAGGUCAUUCUGUGUUUGACAGACAGCGGCGGCCUCUGUGAAUACCCAGGACCCAGCCGAGGCGGCGCUCUACAUGUGGUCUGGGAAUAGAGUGCAGCCCCAUAGCUACAUCACCGACAAGCUCCCGGUAAUGAUACCCCGGCUUGGUGCCGCCAAUUAAUUCAACCCCACUUUCCCGGAACACGCAUUCCCAGGGCCGAGGGGGAGAGAUUUACACAUGACACCCCAGCUGCAACUGUAUUGAGGCUUGUUUUGUGCUGUGUGUGUGUUUGUGUUUCAUAUAUUUACAGUGCCUUCAGAAAGUAUUCACACCCUUGACUUUUUCCACAUUUUGUUGUGUUAAAAUGAAUUAAAUGUAGAUAUUUUUGGUCACUGACCUACACACAAUACCCCAUAAUGUCAAAGUGGAAUUAUGUUUUUAGAAUUUUUUACAAAUUAAUAAGAAAUGAAAAUCUGAAUUGUCUUGAGUCAAUAGGUAUUCAACCCCUUUAUUAUGGCGAGCUAAAUACGUUCAGGAGUAAAAAUGUGCUUAACAAGUCACAGAAAUUGCAUGGACUCACUCUGUGUGCAAUAAUAGUGUUGAAUGUGAUUUUUUUAUGACUACAUCAUCUCUGUACCCCACACAUUCAAUGAUCUGUAAGGUCCCUCAGUUGAACAGUGAAUUUCAAACACAGAUUCAACCACAAUGACCAGGGAGGUUCUCCAAUGACUCACAAAGAAUGGCACCCAUUGGUACAGUGAGGGAAAAAAGUAUUUGAUCCCCUGCUGAUUUUGUACGUUUGCCCACUGACAAAGACAUGAUCAGUCUAUAAUUUUAAUGGUAGGUUUAUUUGAACAGUGAGAGACAGAAUAACAACAAAAACAUCCAGAAAAACACAUGUCAAAAAUGUUAUAAAUUGAUUUGCAUUUUAAUGAGGGAAAUAAGUAUUUGACCCCUCUGCAAAACAUGACUUAGUACUUGGUGGCAAAACCCUUGUUGGAAAUCACAGAGGUCAGACGUUUCUUGUAGUUGGCCACCAGGUUUACACACAUCUCAGGAGGGAUUUUGUUCCACUCCUCUUUGCAGAUCUUCUCCAAGUCAUUAAGGUUUCGAGGCUGACGUUUGGCAACUCGAAUCUUCAGCUGCCUCCACAGAUGUUCUAUGGGAUUAAGGUCUGGAGACUUGCUAGGCCACUCCAGGACCUUAAUGUGCCUCUUCUUGAGCCACUCCUUUGUUGCCUUGGCCGUGUGUUUUGGGUCAUUGUCAUGCUGGAAUACCCAUCCACAACCCAUUUUCAAUACCCUGGCUGAGGGAAGGAGGUUCUCACCCAAGAUUUGACGGUACAUGGCCCCGUCCAUCGUCCCUUUGAUGUGGUGAAGUUGUCCUGUCCCCUUAGCAGAAAAACACCCCCAAAGCAUAAUGUUUCCACCUCCAUGUUUGAUGGUGGGGAUGGUGUUCUUGGGGUCAUAGGCAGCAUUCCUCCUCCUCCAAACACGGCGAGUUGAGUUGAUGCCAAAGAGCUCGAUUUUGGUCUCAUCUGAUCACAACACUUUCACCCAGAUCUCCUCUGAAUCAUUCAGAUGUUCAUUGGCAAACUUCAGACAGCCCUGUAUAUGUGCUUUCUUGAGCAGGGGGACCUUGCGGGCGCUGCAGGAUUUCAGUCCUUCACAGCGUAGUGUGUUACCAAUUGUUUUCUUGGUGACUAUGGUCCCAGCUGCCUUGAGAUCAUUGACAAGAUCCUCCUGUGUAGUUCUGGGCUGAUUCCUCACUGUUCUCAUGAUCAUUGCAACUCCACGAGGUGAGAUCUUACAUGGAGCCCCAGGCCGAGGGAGAUUGACAGUUAUUUUGUGUUUCUUCCAUUUGCGAAUAAUCGCACCAACUGUUGUCACCUUCUCACCAAGCUGCUUGGUGAUGGUCUUUUAGCCCAUUCCAGCCUUGUGUAGGUCUACAAUCUUGUCCCUGACAUCCUUGGAGAGCUCUUUGGUCUUGGCCAUGGUGGAGAGUUUGGAAUCUGAUUGAUUGAUUGCUUCUGUGGAUAGGUGUCUUUUAUACAGGUAACAAACUGAGAUUAUGAGUGUGCUCCUAAUUUCAGCUCGUUACCUGUAUAAAAGACACCUGGGAGCCAGAAAUCUUUCUGAUUGAGAGGGGGACAAAUACUUAUUUCCCUCAUUAAAAUGCAAAUCAAUUUAUAAAAAAAUGUUAAACAUUUUUUUCUGGAUUUUGUUGUUGUUAUUCUGUCUCUCACUGUUCAAAUAAACCUACCAUUAAAAUUAUAGACUGAUCAUGUCUUUGUCAGUGGGCAAACGUACAAAAUCAGCAGGGGAUCAAAUACUUUUUUCCCUCACUGUAGAUGGGUAUAUAUAAAAAAAGCUGACGUUGAAUAUCCCUUUGAGUGUGGUAAAGUUAUUCAUUACACUUUGGAUGGUGUAACAAUACACCCAGUCACUACAAAGAUACAGGCAUUCUUCCUAACUCAGUUGCAGGAGAGGAAGGAAACCGCUCAGUGAUUUCACCAUGAGGCCAAUGGUGACUUUAAAACAGUUACAGAGUUUAAUGUCCGUGAUAUGAGAAAACUGAGGAUGGAUCAACAAUAUUGUAGUUAAUCCACAAUACUAACCAAAAUGACAGAGUGAAAAGAAGGAAGCCUGUGCAGAAUAAAAAUAUUCCAAAACAUGCAUCCUGUUUGCAAUAAGGCACUAAAGUAAAACUGUAAAAAAUGUGUCAAAGAAAUUAACUUUAUGUCCUGAAUAACAAGCGUUAUGUUUGGGGCAAAUCCAACACAACACAUCAGUACCAAGACAUCACAAGAGUACCACUCUUCAUAUUUUCAAGAAUGGUGGUGGCUGCAUUAUGUUAUGGGUUUUCUUGUCAUUGGCAAGGACUAGGGAGUUUUUUAUGAUAAAAAUAAUCCGAUUAGAGCUAAGCACAGGCACAAUCCUUGAGGAAAACCUGGUUCAGUCUGCUUUCCAACAGACACUGGGAGGAAAUUCACCUUUCAACAGGACAAAACGCAAAGCCAAGUAUACACUGGAGUUGCUUACCAAGACGACAUUGAAUGUGUGGCCUAGUUACAGUUUGACUUAAAUUAGCUUGAAAUUCUAUGGCAAUACUUUAAAAUGUCUGUCUAGUAAUGAUCAACAACCAACUUGACAGAGCUUGAAUAAUCUUUUUAAGAAUAAUGUGCAAAUAUUGUACAAUCCAGGUGUACAACGCUCUUAAAGACUUACCCAGAAAGAUUCACAGGUGAUUCUAACAUGUAUUGACUCAGGCGGUUGAAUACUUAUCUAAUCAAGAUACUGUAUAUUAUUGUUUUAUUUUUCAUAAAUCUUUUACAAAUAUAAUAUUUCUUCCACUAUGACAGAGUAUUUUGUGUAGAUCGUUGACAAAGAAUGACCAUUAAAUCCAUUUUAAUCCCACUUCGUAACACAACAAAAUGUGGAAAACAUCAAGGGAUGUAAAUACUUUCUGAAGGCACUGUAUAUCAGAAUCAGUUGGGAGCCAUUCCUUUUUCAUGACUUUCCAAUGCCUGCAUGAAAUUAAUAAAAAUAAUUUUUAGCUGAUUAUAUUUAUUUAUUUAUUCAGGCAUUUUGUCCUGCCAAUAUAUGCAUGGUCCAGAUGAAAUCUUCAUAUUUUUGCCUCAAAAGUGUUUUAGGCAUUGCAAAUGGGUUGUUAAAUAGCAAUGAAGGAUCCUCACUUCGAUACUGUUUGCGCCAAUGCCAUAGGAAAUAAUUGUUUUGUGUGUGGACCAGAGGUGAACAUUUUGAGAUUAAAUACAUUUUGGAAUUCAUGCAUAGUGAUCUCAUGCCACCGUAGAUGCCUUUUUUAUUUUGUAUGCCAUUUAGCAGAUGCGUUGCAAGUGCCAUGCUCUACCAACUGAGCUAUAGAGUACCAUUGGUCUUUUUUUACAUUUACAUUUUAGUCAUUUAGCAGACGCUCUUAUCCAGAGCGACUUACAGUUAGUGAAGACAUAUUUUUUUAUACUGGCCCCCCGUGGGAAUCAAACCCACAACCCUGGCGUUGCAAACACCAUGCUCUAUCAACUGAGCUACAUCCCUGCCGGCCAUUCCCUCCCCUACCCUGGACGACGCUGGGCCAAUUGUGCGCCUCCCAUGAGUCUCCCGGUCGCGGCCGGCUGCGACAGAGCCUGGAUUCGAACCAGGAUCUCUAGUGGCACAGCCUUAGACCACUGCGCCACUCAGGAGUCUUGGUGUGUGUGUGUGUGUGUGUGUGUAUGUGUGUGUGUGUGUGUGUGUGUGUGUGUGUGUGUGUGUGUGUGUGUGUGUGUGUGUGUGUGUGUGUGUGUGUGUGUGUGUGUGUGUGUGUGUGUGUGUGUGUGUGUGUGUGUGUGUGUGUGUGUGUGUGCACAUAUGCAACUAUACCAACUAUACUGUAAAACAGAAAUCAGAGAUUUCUUGAAUAGGUGUUUUUUCAUGAUUUUCUCAACCACCCACCUGCCAAAGUUUUAAUUACAAGCUAUCUACUUGUACUUUCUUGUUUUUGCACACUUUGCCAGGUUUUUUAGGCAGAUUUCUCAUUGUUGUUCUCUCUUUCAGCUAGAUCUGCCUCCUAGUUUCUCUGAAUCAAGGGUGUUGUGAAUUGACGUUCCUUUCUCGCCUUUUAUUUUAAGUAUCAUUACUCAAAUCGGGUUGCUAUGGCGAUGGUGAAGAGGGCAGUUCUGCCCUUGCCAAAGAGAUUGGAACUCUCUCUUUGUUACCGUGGCAACAAUAACACCCCAUCCCUCUCGCCAUCCCUCUCUUCCAUCCAAGGUAAACCUGGACUUGGCUUCACUCUUGGACAGUGAUGACAAGAAGCACAAGAACAAGAGAGGAGUCCUGCCCAAGCAUGCCACCAACAUCAUGCGCUCCUGGCUCUUCCAGCAUCUCAUGGUGAGCUUGCAACAUCAGUGUUCACAUCAAUGUUAAUGUCUUGGAGUUACAAUAGCAACAGCGCUAAUAUUCAUCCCUAUUCCCUUGGUUAAGCUAUAGAGGAAGCUAUUGAGAAGAGUCAAGCUAUGGAGGAAAAUCAGGGUGGAGGGUUUAGAGCAAAAAAUGUCAGGGUUGUAGCUGUGUAUGACUAAGGCCUCAUCCAGAAACAACCCACAUAGCUUCUACCCCGUAAGCACUUGUUUGAGAUCUGAAUUAAUUAAUUGAAUAUCUCAAUUAAUUAAUUGAAUAGGUAAAAGCAAUAUGGUAGUUCCACUCCCUCAGAUAGGCUAUGAGGAAUUAGAUUUAGUGGCUAAGGAUUGUUUCUUGCCAGGGCCUGAGAAUACAGAGAUUGGGGCAUGGGUCGAAUGUUUAGGGAGGUUGAGAGUUUAGGGGUGGGGGGAGGGUUUUGAUAUUUGGUAUUUUAUUAGGAUCCCCAUUAGCUGUUGCAAAAGCAGCAGCUACUCUUCCUGGGGUCCACACAAAACAUGAAACAUGACAUAAUACAGAACAUUAAUAGACAAGAACAGCUCAAGGACAGAACUACAUACAUUUUGUUUUUUAAAGGCACACAUAGCCUACAUAUCAAUACAUACACACAAACUAUCUAGGUCAAAUAGGGGAGAGGCGUUGUGCCGUGAGGUGUUGUUUUAUCUGUUUUUUGAAACCAGGUUUGCUGUUUAUUUGAGCAAUAUGAGAUGGAACGGAGUUUCAUGCAAUAAUGGCUCUAUAUAAUACUGUACGCUUUCUUGAAUUUAUUCUGGAUUUGGUGACUGUGAAAAAAACCUGGUGGCAUGUCUGGUGGGGUAAGUGUGUGUGUCAGAGCUGUGUGUAAGUUGACUAUGCAAACAAUUUGGGAUUUUCAACACAUUGUUUCUUAUAAAAAUAAGAAGUGAUGCAGUCAGACUCUCCUCAACUCUUAGCCAAGAGAGACUGGCAUGCAUAGUAUUUAUAUCAGCCCUCUGCUUUUUGGAGUGUGGUGUCAAAAAAGCAGAGCAUCUCUUUAUUACGGACAGACCUCUCCCCAUCUUUACAACCAUUGAAUCUAUUUGUUUUGACCAUGAUAGUUUACAAUCUAAGGUAAUGCCAAGUAAUUUAGUCUCCUCAACUUGUUCAACAGCCACACCAUUCAUUACCAGAUUCAGCUGAGGUCUAGAACUUAGGGAAUGAUUUGUACCAAAUACAAUGCUCUUAGUUUUAGAGAUGUUCAGGACCAGUUUAUUUGUGGCCACCCAUUCCAAAACAGACUGCAACAAUUUGUUAAGGGUUUCGGUGACUUCAUUUGGUCAAACACAAUUUUUUCUAACAGUUUGCUAAGAGCUGGCAGCAAGCAUAUAUAUAGGUCUACUGUUAGAACCAGUAAAGGCCGUUUUACCAUUCUUGGGUAGCGGAAUUACUUUGGCUUCCCUCCAGGCCUGAGGACAAAGACUUUCCUCUAGGCUCAGAUUAAAGAUAUGACAGAUAGUAGUGGCUAUAGAGUCAGCUACCUUCUUCAGUAGCUUUCCAUCUAUGUUGUCAAUGCCAAGAGGUUUGUCAAUAUUGAUCGAUAACAAUAAUUUUUCCACCUCUCCCACACUAACUUUACAAAAUUCAAACUUGCAAUGCUUUUCUUUCAUUUUUUUUUUUUUUUAAUGCAUGAAUAUGAUGGCUCUCUGUUCAUUGUUGGCAUUUCCUGCCUAAGUUUUCCCACUUUGCCAAUGAAGUAAUCAUUCAAAUAAUUGGCAACAUCAAAUGGUUUUGUGAUGAAUAAGCCAUCUGAUUUGAUGAAAGAUGGAGUUGAAUGUCUUUCUGCCCAUAAUUUCAUUUAAAGUACUCUAAAGAGUUUUUUCCAUCAUUCUUUAUAUCAUUGAUCUUGGCUUCAUAAUACAGUUUCUUCUUCUUUUUGUUGAGUUUAGUCACAUAAUUUCUCAAUUUGCAGUAAGUCAACCAGUCAGAUGUGCAGCCAGACUUAUUAGCCACUCCUUUUUCCCCAUCUCUUUCAACCAUACAGUUUAUCAAUUCCUCAUCAAUCCAUGGAGCCUUAACAGUUCUAACAGUCAGUUUCCUAACAGGUGCAUGUUUAUCAAUAAUUGGAAGAAGCAAUUUCAUAAAUUAAUGAAGUGCAGCAUCUGGAUGCUCCUUAUUAAUCACAUCAGACCAACAAAUAUUUUUUUUACAUCAUCCGCAUAUGAGUCACAGCAAAACCUUUUGUAUGAUCUCAUACACUAUUUUAGGCCCAGCUGUUGGAACUUUGGCUUUCCUGGAUAUAGCCACUAUAUUGUUAUCACUGCAUCCAAUGGGUACGGAUACAGCUUUAGAACAAAGUUCUACAGUAUUAGUAAAAAUGUGAUCGAUACAUGUGGAUGAUUGUCACGGUUUCGGCCGAGGCUGCUCCUCUUCCUUGUUCGGGCAGGCUUCGGCGGUCGUCGUCUCCGGAGUACUAGCUGCCACCGUUCUAUGUUUCAUGUUCUUUUGGUUUUGUCUGUUUCAUAACACCUGUCCCUUAUUUGUGUCUUAAUUGUUUCCCUUAUUUAGUUCGUGUGUUUGGGUCAGGUGUUAUGCGUGAUUGUCUUGUUGUCAGCUGUUGCUCGAUAUUUUGAGUCGCUCGUAUGUGUUACGAGAGUUCGCACUGCGUGCGCUUUUUCUUGUUUUCUCCGCACAGUGUUUCGUGCGUAAUCUGUUUGCGCCACCCGGUUGGGUUGACGUUUCUUGUCUGUCAGACUUGACUAAAGUUCUGUGAUAGUCCUCCUGGUUUCCUGCGUUUGAUUCCUUCCUCAUCUACACACACCACUCUGACAAUGAUCUUGUUCCUGUAGUGUUUGUAAACACCAUGGUAGGUUGAUUAAUAACCUGAACCAGAUUACAGGCACUGGUUACAGUAAGAAGCUUCCUCUUGAGCGGACAGCUUGAUGAAAACCAGUCAAUAUUCAGGUCCCCAAGAAAGUAGACCUCUCUGUUUACAUCACAUACACUAUCAAGCAUUUCACACAUAUUAUUUAAAAACUGACUGUUCACACUUGGUGGCCUAUAGCAACACCCCAAAAGAAAAGGCUUUAGAUGUGGCAAGUGAACCUGCAACCACAACACUUCAAUAACAUUUACAUUUGAGUCAUUUAGCAGACGCUCUUAUCCAGAGUGACUUACAGGAGCAAUUAGGGUUAAGUGCCUUGCUCAAGGGCACAUCGACAUAUCUUUUACCUAGUCGACUCAGGGAUUUGAACCAGCGACCUUUUGGUUACUGGCACAAUGCUCUUAACCACUACGCUACCUGCCGCCCACUUGACAUAAGACCUUCUCUAAGCAUUACAGGGAUAUGGCUCUGAAUAUAUACAGCAACACCUCCCCAUAAGCAUUUUUGUCUCUUCUAUAGAUGUUAUAUUCUUGUAUUGCUACUGCUGUAUCAUCAAAUGAAUGAUCUAAGUGAGUCUCAGAAAUAGCUAAUAUAUGAAUGUUAUCUUAUGUUAGAAAGUUCUUGAUUUCAUGAACCUUAUUUCUAAGGCUACAUAUAUUAAUAUGGGCUAUUUUCAGCCCUUUCCUGGGUAGCUUAUCAGAGAUAGACAUAAUCCUGGAAAGAGCAAACAAAGCAAGAGAAAAAAAAAUAAUUCAGCAAAAAUAUUCAGCAUUAAUAAAUUGGUGUGUGUGUGUGUGCUGCGGGGUUGAAGCUACGAACCCAUAGGCUUGGCUCUCUCAUCCCUUCCAGGCUUCUGGGAGGGAGGGUGGACAAUGAGCCUGUCAUAGUGGAUGUAAGCAAUGUCCCCACGUGCUCUUGCAGCUUUCAUGACUGGGAUAAGUUAUUUCCUCUUCUGGCGUACAGCUUCAGGAUAGUCCUUGUUGAGAAAGAUAUAUGUUCCUCUCAAGUUCUUGGCUCUUUCCAGAACAGCUACCUUGUCCUUGAACCUCAGGAACUUGACUAAUUUCGGCCUGGGCCUGUCACCUGGGCCGGUGGUGGGUUUUUCAGUCCUGUGGGCGCGCUCCACCUCAAUCUUCCUGUGGUCCAUCUUCAAUUUCUCAGAGAUCAUUUCCCUCACUUUGUCCUCCGUGGAGAUUCUGCAAUUCUGUCCACAACCAUGUUGUUACGCCUUGAUUGUCCCUCGAGAUGGUCUGAUUUAUCCGUCAUUGUUAUCAUGGAUUCACAGACAGAACUGAUGUCCUCUCUCAAUGACUUACAGAUUGCUGUAAUCUUGCAGUUUUCCUGUUUCAACUCAUCGAGCUGACCCUGGGAGAACUGCAAACUGUUCUUUAGGUCCUGGACCUCUCUGGUCAGGUCGUCCAAUAUUUUAUUAGUCGAAUCCACCAGUAUUUGGACAAAGCACUUGAAGCUAUUUUCUUGUUGUUGUAACAACUGCUUGUAGAACUAUUUUUGUUCAUUUAAAAGAUCCUUCACGUGUGAUUGAGACACCAAUGUCCUCGACAACUGUACUCCUGCCGGCUUUGGUCUUUGUCAUGGUAGCUAGCAACGUAGGUCACGCUGUUACUCCUCGCAGUUCCAGACAGGGCAGGUCACAGGGAACUAUUCAUUCACAAAACUACUAAUUGAAAUUGAUUAAACUUUACUGAUGGCAUCCUAAAUAUCUUAUAUCUUUCCCUUUUGUAGCAUCCCUACCCAACAGAGGACGAGAAAAGACAGAUUGCAGGACAAACAAAUCUCACCUUAUUACAGGUCAACAACUGGUAAGAUUGUAAUACUACUACUGCAAAUGCAAUAUGAGAUGAAAAUCUGCUGAAUUUCUGAUGAAAUCAAUAGAAAUGUUGACUGUUCAGAGUGAAUGUUGAUGAGUUCAAACUUCAGUGCUAUGCUUUACCACCUGAUAGUGAAUCACAACAUAGUGGCGCCAUCUACUGGUUAAAGGAGAGCGAGAGCGAGACGAGAGAGGCGAGAGAGAGGAGGAGAGAGAGCGAGAGAGAGAGAGAGAGAGAGAGAGAGAGAGAGAGAGGGAAGAGAGAGAGAGAGAGAGAGAGAGAGAGAGAGAGAAGAGAGAGAGAGAGAGAAGGGAGAGCAGAAGAGAGAGAGAGAGAUGAGAGAGAGUAGAGAGAGAGCAGGAUCGAGUAUGAGUAGAGCGAUAUUAGCGAUUCGAUAGCUCUCUUAAUAUCUAACUGCUCUAUCUACCUAUCGUCUCUUCUAUCUCUCUAUCUCUCUCUCUAUCUCUCUCUCUCUCUCUCUCUCUCUCUCUCUCUCUCUCUCUCUCUCUAGGUUUAUCAACGCUCGCAGGCGCAUCCUACAGCCCAUGUUGGAUGCCAGUAACCCAGACCCAGCUCCCAAGGCUAAGAAGAUGAAGUCCCAACACCGUCCAACCCAGCGCUUCUGGCCAGACUCCAUUGUGGCUGGCGUCUUGCAGACACAUGGACCUCACUCUAACAACGCUGACAGUACGUCACUAAACCAUUCAAACGCUCUGUCGAUGUGUAUGUAUCUGUUUCAAAACUCUGGCAAAAGAUUGGUUGAGUCAACAUGAUUCCCUUGAUAUUUCAACAUAGUUUCCUCGUUAUUUCAACCUACUUCAUCAAGGCGCACUCAUCCUCAUGGGUUUAAAAGCAAUGGAUCAGUGAAUAAAAUACAGUGAAUAUUGGCAUGGGCUAUAGUGAUUCCACCACAUUAGACCAGUUCAUUCCUUUAAUUCCCAUAAGGGGAGUGAAUGAGUGCACAUUUUGAUGAGAAGGAUAUAGAAUCAGAGGCAGUUAUAAUGUCAAGUUUGUGUGUUAGUGUGUUAACCCUGCGUUGCCUGCUUCUCCUUCUUCUCAUACAGACCCCCUAGGCUUGGAUAGCCUCCAGCCACUGUCCUCUGACUCAGCCACCCUGGCCAUGCAGCAAGCCAUGCUGGGGGGAACCGACGACUCCAUGGAUGGCACAGAGGAAGAGGAAGAGGAGGAAGAGGAAGUGAUGGAAGAGGAGGAGGAAGAGGAAGAUGAUGAGGAGGAGGAAGAGAGCGAGGGAAGGAGACAUAUAUCCGGUGGUGGAGGAAGGAGAGAUCUGGGCAUGGAGCAUAGAGAGGGGCUA